CCCUCCCCGCCCUGAGCUCAGCGCCCGCGCCCAGCGCCGCCGCCCCAGCCGCCGCAGCUGCGUGGGGACCGCAGGCCCGCGGGGGUGCUGAGCUCACUGCGCGGGACCCCGCCUUCCUCAGCCCGCCGUCGACUCCCGGGGGAGGCUCCUGGGAGGGGACGGGAGAUGCUUCAGUAGGUCUCUGACACUGGGCGAAGGUGGUAGGCCGCUUUCCUGUCUGCCAAGCACUGCGAUCUGCUUAGCAUCGGAACACUCUCUUUGGACUUCGACAUGGCAUCCUCCAAGAAGGUUACCCUGUCAGUGCUGAGCCGGGAGCAGUCGGAAGGGGUUGGAGCCAGGGUCCGCAGAAGCAUUGGCAGACCCGAGUUAAAAAAUCUGGAUCCAUUUUUACUGUUUGAUGAAUUUAAAGGAGGUAGACCAGGCGGAUUUCCUGAUCACCCACAUCGAGGUUUUGAGACAGUAUCUUACCUCCUGGAGGGCGGCAGCAUGGCCCAUGAAGAUUUCUGUGGACAUGUUGGUCACAUGAACCCAGGAGACCUGCAGUGGAUGACCGCAGGCCGGGGAAUUCUGCACGCCGAGAUGCCUUGCUCAGAAGAGCCAGCCCAUGGCCUCCAACUGUGGGUUAAUUUGCGAAGCUCAGAGAAGAUGGUGGAGCCUCAGUACCAGGAGCUGAAGAGUAAAGAAAUCCCCAAACCCAGUAAGGAUGGUGUGACGGUUGCCGUCAUUUCUGGAGAAGCCCUGGGAAUAAAGUCUAAGAUUUACACUCGCACACCAACCUUAUAUUUGGACUUCAAAUUGGACCAUGGAGCAAAGCAUUGCCAGCCUAUUCCUAAAGGAUGGACAAGCUUCAUUUACACCAUAUCUGGGAAUGUGUAUAUUGGGCCUGAUGAUGCACAGCAAAAAAUAGAACCUCAUCACACAGCAGUGCUGGGGGAAGGUGACAGUGUCCAGGUGGAGAACAAGGAUCCUGAGAGAAGCCACUUCGUCCUAAUUGCUGGGGAGCCAUUAAGAGAACCAGUUGUCCAACAUGGUCCAUUUGUGAUGAACACCAAUGAAGAGAUUUCUCAGGCCAUUCUUGAUUUCAGAAAUGCGAAAAAUGGGUUUGAAAGAGCCCAAACCUGGAAAUCAAAGAUUGGAAACUAGUGAAGAGCACCAGACCAGGUCUCCGUGCUUUCUAGAAUUUUGCCCGUGGUCGCAUCCGUCCAUUCAGCACAUUGAGUUUCCAAAGCUGACUGAGCUGAUGCUUCUAAAGUGAUAACACGGUUUUUAUAGCAAUGCACACGAGAUAUUUCCUGGUCCAUGCAAAUAAACCUAAUUGUUGCUUUAAAAA